AUGAAACUUCUAUAUCUAUUAGAACAAAUCUUCAAAAUUUCUUCAGUAUUUUGUUUAAUUGUCGCUUCAUUUGAACGAUUUCGUAUAACACGACACUGGACAUUUACUGGAUUUGGUGUACGAACUCGUUGGAUUAUACUCUUUUUUAUACUCUUUUUUGCUGUCGUUUUCAAAAUUUUCACAGUCUCAGUAAGUUUUUUAACGACUAUAUUUUAUAUAUGCAUACAUAUAUAA